CAAAUUCAAAGUUUUACUAACCUACAAAUCGCAAAUGGCGCAAUUGAAAGAAAGCAGCUCGAAAUUCUGGAAUCUCGAUAAUUUUGAUGGGCGGUUUAAAACGGAGUGUGGUCACAUCUACACAUUACUGGGGAGGUUUUUUCGGGUGCAUAAGAGUAUGAUGGUACUGAUGACUUUACAGUAUGUCCUACGCAAAAUUAUUUUCAAAUCUGACUUACCUCUAACUAUUACUUAUGGAGAAAGUCAAGGUUUCUCGCCAAAAGUGGAUUUUAUCCUUUUUGUGUUUCACUGUGUUGCGACUUUUACGGUGCUUCAUGUUAUAGUUGGGUUUGAUGGCUUGUUCUUUUAUUUUAUCGGGCAUAUUUUGUCUGAGGUGAAAAUGCUUCAAAGUGCUUUCAAGAUUGUGCAGUUCAAGGAUAACGAUUUAGUGAUUUCUAUUAAACAUCAUCAGUUUGUUUUGAGCUAUAUUCACAGUAUGAAUCAAGUUUACUCAAACUUGCUUCUCCACCAACACGUAAGCUGCUUGUUUGGUAUAUGUUUUGGGUUAUUUUUAUUAUCAGAAGAUGGAAUGCCUCCAGAUUUAAGUCAUAUGUGUAAAUAUAUACCAUACAUUUUGUCGUUUACUGUACAAACUUUCACGUUUUGUGUUAUUGGAUCUCUGAUUAUUAGUUGGACUUCAGAAAUUGCAGAUGCUAUUUUUUACAACGGAUGGGAUAAAUCUGAGGCUUAUGGGUACAAACAUGAAAAAAUUUUUGCAAUAAAUCGUGCUCAAGUAGCGACUAAACUAACACUCGGAGGAUUUGGAAAGUUAGAUUUAAUUAGCUUCACUUUGGUAAGAAAUUUAAAAUUUGAAAAUGAGUUGAAUCAUUGUGUUUUACAUUUUCAGGUUGUAAAAAACGCUUAUUCGUUUUUUACCUUUAUCAACACGAUCCAAGAUGAGUAAAUAUUUUGACAAUAAUGAAUAAUGAAAUUUAAUUUUUCAAUUCGGGACACCACAAGUGUGUAGACGUCAACUGAAUUUCUAUAAUUCUAUUAAUCACGUAGAACAGGCCAUGACAUUUUUUACAUUGAUAUGUCUGAUUUGACUUAUUAUUAUCAAUUACACGUUAUAAAAGAAAUAGUGUAAUGUAGUUUUUCAAUCAAUAUAUUUAAUUAAAUUCAUUUACCAAAUACAUCAGCAGUAAUUAUCUCAGGAUCUUCAUUAACUUACAGAGCAGGGGCAGAAUUACAGUUAUCUUCAUUACAAACAUUACAUUCGUUAACUGUAAUAA